AUGGCUGGCUUCUUUGCAGAACUUCAGUACCUCAUCGCCGUGGUGGCUCAAUUAUUCCCGCCGAAGUCCAAGUUCACCACCGACCAGAUCCCGGACUUAUCUGGGAAGGUUGCCAUUGUCACAGGUGGAAAUGUAGGAAUAGGCUAUGAAACUAUCAAGGCUUUGUUGGAGCACAAUGCGAAGGUGUACAUGGCGUCGCGCAGCCAAGAGAAGGCAGAUGCCGCUAUUCGAAAGCUGAAGGAAGAAACCGGCAAGGAGGCAUUGUUCCUUGAGCUUGACCUGAGCAACCUCGCCGCGGUACGCAAAGCUGCCGAGGACUUCAUGAGCAAGGAGUCUGAACUACACAUCCUGUUCAACAAUGCAGGCGUCAUGUGGUGUCCAGUCGGCGAGUUGACCGCGAAUGGCUAUGACUUGCAGUUUGGGACGAAUGUCGUCGGCCACUUCUUCUUCACCGAGCUCUUGAUGCCAGCUUUGCUAGCCGGUAAGGAGACGUCGCCAGACCACCAUGCCCGUAUCAUCACGACGUCGUCUUCUGCGGCGUACCUGUACACGCUGAACUGGGAUGCGUUCAAAGACGGUCCUGAGCGCAGGAAGGUGUCUACGGAGAACUUGUACAGCCAGUCAAAAUUCGCAAAUGUGGUCGUGGCUCGUCAAAUUGCUAAGCGGUACGCGGACAAAGGCGUGAUCUCUAUAUCCCUGAAUCCUGGUGGUAUCGAUACUGAGCUGCAACGCUAUGUCCCGGGAACAAAGCGCAACGUGAUGCGGAAGCUCAUACUGAACCCUGUGCCGAUGGGUGCGCUGACGCAGCUUUGGGCGGGAACCAUGCCGGAAGCGCUCAAUCACAAUGGCAAGUUCUUGAUACCAUGGGCCAGAGUGGGCAGUUGCAGGACAGAAGCGUAUGAUGAUGCUCUUGGGGAGCGGUUGUGGGCAUGGCUCGAGGAGCAGGUUAAGGACCAGUAAUUUGUUUGUAUGCAAGUUCCCGUGCUCGCUGAUGUUGCCAAGAGUUCAUGAUUCCCAUACGCGAUUUUGUCCUUGCG